CUUUAUUAUUAUUAUUAUUAUUUAGUCUUCAAAAUCAAAGCCCUCUUUUUCUUCCAUCUCCAAUUCCAAUUCCAACUCCAUACUCAACACCCUUCAAAGGAAAUAGCUUGGCCCAUCCAUGGAUGAAGAAGAUUCAAGCGGUUUCAAUAUUUCAUCUCAUGACUUGUUUGAGCUAGUGCGCUAGCUAGCUGUACUUGUGGGGUUCUCAAUCACUUGUCUAAUUUAUUGGGAGUGAGAAAAAGUCUGUGUGAUUGUUGUUGUUUGUGUAUAUAUACAUCAAUAUAUAUACAUAUAUAUAUAUAUAUGCUGAAGUCUAAGUUAAAGAUAAGACGGAGGAGCAGAAAUAGAAGAAAAAGAAGAAUCGGAUCAUCAUCAUCAGAUCAUUAUCAUUAUCAGGUAAUUUUUGUGACUACUGUUGGGAAAACAGCAGCAGCACAAGAAGAGAAGAUUGUUCAUUUCAUCAUCAGAUGUUAUCCGUUGAAAACUCUCCACCAACAUCACCAGAUCAUCAAAAUCUGACCAUCAAUCCUACUAGUAACACCAAAAACCAUGAGCUAGAUCUGCCUCCUCCUCUUCCCAAAUUCUCCAUCAGAGAUUAUGUUUUCACUGCUCGAAGCAAAGAUAUCAAGAGAAACUGGCCUUUCUCUCUGAAGAAUCUGCAGUUUUGUCUGAAACAUGGCGUGAAGGAUGUGUUACCACCAUUUCAGCCUCUUGAUGCAGUAAGGAAUCAAGCCUUUAUUUACAACAACACAUCACGUACGGUUGAUAAUAAUAAUAAUAAUGAUGAUGAUCAAAACAUACCCAACAUUAUUAAUGACGGGGAUGCUGAUGAUAAUCAUUUUCAUGAUGAUCAACUCAACAACGCUAACAAGAAGUUAGCUGAUCAGCAAUACCAUGAUGCUCCGGUUCACACAAUAACAAGUCCCGUUUAUGAUCAUGAUCAUCUAGUUCAGAAAGUCGCUUCAUGUAAGACUAGUGGGGAAAGUUGCUUUCCUUCCUCAACUACUACUACUACUACUACUACUACUACAAGUGUUUAUGACCAAUCAGAGAUCAUAGAAGAGUCAGUAGUGAUUACCAGGUCAACUAGCUCACCACUUCAAACUGAUACCACCACCACUACUACUAGUACUUCUUUAGAAGCGGCCUCGGUUGAUCAAGUUGAACCCGAGCCCGCUGGACCUCGUGUUGCCGUCACCGGACACAAGAGUAGCACUCAAAGCGCGCCCCGAAACUCAGGCAAGAGGUGCAGGUUGAUAGUGAAAUUCGGUUCCAAUUCUGAUAGGAACUCCGCGGAAGAUAUUGCUUCGAAUUGUACCAACCAAUCCGAGACAAUGGCCUCCAAGAUUUGCCCUGUUUGUAAGACCUUCUCGUCGUCGUCGAACACCACCUUGAAUGCUCACAUAGAUCAGUGCCUCUCUACUGAGUCGUCAGCUCCCAAGUGGAGCUUGGACUCGAAACUGACGAGGUAUAGAAUCAAGCCGAGGAAGACAAGACUGAUGGUGGAUAUCUACGUCACGGCAAAGCGUUGCACAUUGGAGGAUCUUGAUAGAAGGAAUGGCUCGAACUGGGCUGCGGUUUCGAGCUUUCCUUUUUAUGAAGAGAGUGAGAUGACACCGGUGGAAGAAGAUCAUCAGGCAUCAAAACAACCAGCACCGCCUCCUCAUGAUCAUCACCGUACUAUUAGUACUGCUGAUCAUGUAGGCGCGGUCUACAUCGAUGCCCAUGGGAUCAAACUUCGGAUACUAUCAAAAUCCGAUAAUGACAAUUCUCCUUCAGUUUCAAAGGUUAUAGAAGAGCAUCUUCGCCCCAGGAAACCUUUCAAAGGAGGAGGCAAAGGAAGCAAGUUCCUCUCAGCCAGAAAGAAAAAGCGCCGAGCAUCGAAAUUCAACAAGUACUUUAAGGUUAAGCUUGCUCAAAGCAAGAAAUUACUCUCAUCAAAGGCUCGUAAUUCUUCUCAGAUUUCUGGGGUUCAAGGGAAAAAACAUGGAGCUGAAGCGAGCUCCGAGAAGGAGCGGUAUAACACGCAGAAGCAGGUAAAUAUUAAUAAUCCCUCUAAUACCGGAACUUUAAGACAGUGGGUGUGCUCCAAAAGAACUGGUCUUGCAAAGAAGUUGAACAAUAAAGUUAGCCACCAGCAUGUGCAAUAUCCCAAAUGGCAUGUAUCAACUGAGAACUCGAGGGUUGAGAGUGAUCAAUCACGUGGCCACAGUCCUACUUCGGGCCCAAAAAAUUGCGAGGAAGAGCAUGCGGAUUUAUCAGGUAGUAAUCCAGUUUCAAACAUAUUUUAUGAUGAGCCUCAGGCUAGUCACAAGGAGGAGGAGCAAGCACCUGGGGCCAAGAUUAGAGGCAAUGUUGUUGAGAGGAGAUCCCUUACACCAAUGAAGCGAAAUGCGCGUCAAUUGAGAAAAGAAAGAGCCUCUGUGAAUGAUUAUCACAUGCCAAAACCCCCUAAUUUGGAGCCUACUACUAUCAUUAGUACAAAACCCUCCAGAAGCUGCCAUGCCUCCAGAUCAAAAUCCAUGAAGAUUUCUUCAGCAAGAAAAGAUAUUUGUUCAUCAGCCCCCCUUAGAAGGUCUCAGUCCCAUUUAACAGCAGUGAUGGAUGACGAGGUAUUACCGUGGGAUUCGGAGGCUGAUCAUGAACCAUUUGAUUUCAAUCACAAUGCUGCUGCAAGUCGAUAUGGAAGAGAAGAUGUCAAUGAUGAAACCUCUCUUUGCAGGAGCAAUGGAUUGGAAAUGAGACGGAACAUAGGAGUCUUAGGUAUCUCUCGAAGAAAGGAAACUAUGGUAUCAGGGAGUUCACAGUUACUAUCUCAAUAUUAUGCGGAUAAGGAGGUCAAUAACAUCCAUUCUUCUGUUUCGGACAAAAAUGAUGAUGAUGGAGAACGCGUUUGUGAAGAUUUCCAACACUCCAUGGAUGAGAUUGUCCCUCAACCAUCUUCUAAAAUAGUUGUUGCGGAGGAUCAUAUUAUGAGUUCACACAACUCUGUUGAACUUGAUAAUCAUUCCCGGAUUCACUCCAGCCCUCUCCGAUAUAAGGGGCCUCUAUGCGAUGUUGAAGUACUGACGGGUCCAAGUGGAGCGGGUUUUGUUGGUGGACAAGAGAUGUUUUAUGGUGAUCAAUUGGGAAAUGGCAUGGAGGAAUUGGAUUCUGAAGUUGGGCAAGGAAGCUCCUUUCCGGAUGUUGAUCCAAUACCUAUUCCAGGACCACCGGGGUCGUUCUUACCAAGUCCAAGGGACAUGGGGUCAGAAGAUUUUCAAGGGAACUCGUCAUUAACCACAAGCCGUGUUCAAUCUUCUCAGGAUCAGCAUGAUUUCGUUGAUGGGGAUUCGUCGGAUUCACCUGUUUCUGCUACAUCAACUGUCUCUAAUUCCACAGGCAACAGAUAUGAUCUCAAGAAUUCUGAACCAUCAGUACCAUCUGUAGUAGGACCUGAUCACACAGUUCGAGAUCACAAUAUAAGGUCGAGCCUCUCAGGUGGUAGUGUCGAUUCUUCAAUAGAAAAUGCGGCUGUACUACUACCUCAGGCGUCGGAUAGACUUGUGUUUGAUAAAGAGAAACUUAAAGGCAAUAAUAAGCUACCUCUCGGCUUCAUCAAAAGUGAUCAUAAUGAGCCUUGCUGUUGCCAAAGGAAGGAGAGAGCUUCUCAGCGUGUCAUCUUAAACUAUCAAGAAUCACCGCUACUGAAGAGACGUGCAAUGGCUUCAUCUUCAGUUGUUUCGCCACCUGUGGAAAAGGAAACUGGCUGCAAUCUCAACACUAUUAGGCCCAAAAAUACGGAAGCAAGGCCGCCAGACAUGUUCUCUCCAAGACCUGAAAAAGUGGUUCUUCCUGUCACGAUUAAGUCCCCUGCCAGUGAGAAUAUUUCGAGGGGCUCUGGGGAUAGUGCUGGAGUGAAAUUUUCUGGCCGCGGUGACUCGGUCAGCCCGUCUUCUUCCAAUUCCGUACUGAGGUUGAUGGGCAAGAAUUUGAUGGUUGUGAAUAGAGAUCAAGAUGAAUCCAUGCCACAUGGGCAGUCCCAGCCACAACCCGGCCAAUUCAACCAUCUAAUAACUUCACAGUUCCCUCCAUUUUCCGGGGUCUCUCAGAACCAAGUCUACCACCAUUCAUUCCAUCCUAACUUCCAGCAAGGUUCAGUAAAUUUAGGCCAAGAUGGUAAUACACAUUAUGAUGCAGAGAGGCAGUGUGUUGUAGAUACAAGGACAAGUACUCCGUUUCCGAGGCCAUCAUCACAGGUGUUUUGUCAGGGAGUGCUGAGUUCAUAUCCUAAUCAGCACACGCGCGGUGGGGGCUGUGGUGGUUUCGUAACGCCUAUGGAGCUUUGUGAGUUCACAGCAGAUCACAACAACAAUGCCACGGCAAAAAAGUCUAGGCACAGAUCGCCAAUUGGAGGUCCUUUAACCAUUCCUGCCCCCCCCCACCAUCACCAGAAUGUACUUUCUCCGGCAGCAGCCAAUUACCCUACCAAAGAGAUCAUCACCAUAGAUGACGCCUCUGAAAAUGAAGCUGAUUUGGCUGGUCAUGAAGUUGCGAAAUACUCGGGAGGUGGAUUUGGGUGGGAGGGCCAUGUAGCUUCAUCGGCGGGGAUUGUGAUUCCGGGUUAUAAUAAUGACCCAAAGUAUGCAACUCCUUUCUAUGGUACUUGUCAGUCAGAUCAGGAUCACCAAUCCAUCGUUCCUGAUCAUCACUCACCUUUGGUGCUGCAAAACACCGGUUUUCAUGCUUCCCCAUCCUCCAGGCGAGCGAACAACGCAAGUCCUGUCAGGUGGAAUGGGGGCGGUGGCUCUGGCAUUGUGCUUCAGCAAAGUCCUUUUACAGCGAAUACAAACUCGCCGUCUUCAAGAGGAGGGCAUCCGCGAUCGACACUGUAUAAUUGUCAAAGCCUGUUGUAGAAUUAGUAUCGUUUUCGCCGCAAACUGCCUGGAGGAAAGCCUUAGUAAGGUGGAAUAAUGGUUGGUUCAGGAUCAGAGAUAGGGCCUAAGAUCUGGGAUAGAAUUGGUAUAAAUAUAUCCUCACUGUACUGAAAUGUGUUGGGUCAAACUUACAAUGCAGUUUUUGAGGCUUCUUCUGGUUUGGGCAUGCUUUAAGCUACCCUGAGACUCAUGUAUAAGCAAAUCAUGAAUAAUAGUUGACAACAAAAACUUGGCUUAUAA